AUGACAUACUUCCAUCUACUUUUGUGGCUUGUCAUCUUCUCUUGGUCAAGCACUGCCCAACUGCGUCGCCGCGAUCCUGGACUCGCAGAGUACAUCAUUUAUCCCAAAGAGGAAGCCGCCAAAGGAGACCUCGAUGUCUUUCAUCAGACUCUUGAGAAGCUCGCAGGUAUCUCCAACAUCGAAACGAUCAUUGACGACGGCGGAGACAGCCCGUUUUCCUGGCGUGCGUCUUUAACAUCAGAACAGCUCAACGAGGUCGAAAACCACCCCGUCGUCUUUGCCACCCAAGUCAAUAAGCCAACUGUCUUCAAUCCAGAUCCAGAACUCGACACCAAUCUCCGCCACAGCUCAAUCAAACCCUCUAGAGCAAAGCGUGCUACAGUUUCAAGGACCCCGAUCGCUGAUAACGACAUGUUAGAUCUACGCAUGGCUUCGACACCACCCGGCCAGGAUUUAGUGGAAAAUUACGUCUCCGAAGACUCUGCGGGCGCUGGAAUCACCGUUUAUAUCCUCGAAUUUGACGCCGUCAUGUUUCACAAAGAGCUCUUCCCCCCGUACAGCAGCGUCACGCGUCGACAAAUAGACGCAGACGAGUCACUGCUUACAAACGAGCGCCGCAAAAAGAGUUUGACUCAGCACGGAACCUGUGUUGCCACCAAAGUCGCAGGCAAGACGACAGGCCCAGCAAGCCAAGCUAAUCUUGUCCUGGUGCGCCCCGGCCUAGAAACGUUCUCCGUAUUCAAGGCGUAUGAGUCUAUCCGUGACGACAUCAAGAAGAAUCGGCUACAAGGCAAAGCCAUCAUCACUACGUCUAUCCAACUUUUUCCUGAGAAAGGAGCAACAAAACAGCAGAUCAAGUCUCUGUUUUCUACGCACCGCCGUCUCGUCGGGCAAAUUAUCAAGUUGGAUGUGCCUAUUAACAUGUUCGACGACACUCACAAGGUGCUGAGAUCGGUUGAAUUCGAGGAGAACGGCAGCAAGCCCCACUUCCUCUGA